AUGUCUCGACGGCCCCCGAAUCCCGCUGCGGAGCGGGCAGCGCAAAACCAGGCGACGAUCAAGAACCUCCUGAAACUAGAGCCUAACAAAGUUUGCGCCGACUGCAAGCGUAAUAAACACGCAUGGACCGACGAGCAACUACAGAGCAUCCUUAACUGGGGAAAUGCGCGCGCAAACAAGUACUGGGAGGCGAAGCUGGCGGCCAACCAUGUCCCCUCCGAAGCCAAGAUCGAGAACUUUAUCCGCACCAAGUACGAGCUGAAGAGAUGGGCGAUGGAAGGACCGAUCCCAGACCCCGCGACACUCGACGCAGAUGGCGAUGACGACGUACCACUGAGCGUUGUUAAGGAGAAGCAAAACGUGGAACGCCGGGAAUCCGUCCGCAAAGCAUCCGUCGGCCGGUCAGCAGCCCCUCAAGCCGAUCUUAUCGGAGGGGAACAGAUUUCGGCCCCUGUACCACCGCCGCUGAGGGCCAGUAGUACUGGGCCGACGGCCAUGCAAGUGCCUCCAAAAUCCGGGCCCGCCCCGCCCAAGGCGACUAGUACAAAGGACUCACUGCUCGGGCUCGAUUUCUUGGGUGGGCAGGCAGCCGCGCCGCCGCGGCCAGCCAGCACCACCGGCACACCUAGCAGCGGCCACUCACGUCCGGAUCUUAAACAAUCUAUCCUCUCCCUUUACGCGACCGCCCCGCGGCCCCAACCCCAGCAACCUGCGCAACAUGUCUCCCAUGCUUCGUCGGGCUCGUUGAGCGGAAUAUCCUCCCCUACCGGCAUGAGCCAGGUGCAGAACCCAGCGGGCGGGCUCCAUGACGCCUUUAGCAGUCUAAGCUUUACUAGCGCGCCGUCUCCCAAACCAGCCCAAAACGAUGCCUUCUCCGGCCUCGGGUCCUUCGGAUCCCCCCGCCCUGCUCCUCAAUCGAGUGGCUCCGCCUUCUCGGCGCUCAGUGGCGGCAGUUUUUUCGACUCCAAGCCGGCGGCCGCUUCGCACCAGCCGAAACAGUCAGCUGCUAGCACUUCGGGCUGGGGUUCCGUUGCUUCGCCUGCGGCAGCGCCUAAACCCUCACCAGCGCCGGCUUCCUCUGCACUAGGUGACUUAUUUGACUUCUCGGCAUCUUCCCCGCCCGCACCAGUCGCCCAGCCUGCGCUCGCCCCGACUACGACGACAACCGCUUCCUCAGUCUUCAACCUGUCCGCCGCACCGCCGAAGCCUAGCCCUCCCGCCACGACAUCUACUACGACUUCAAACCCCCUCGGCUCUCUGGACGGAGGCGGCUGGGGGGGUUCGGACGUUUGGGGCGGCAAUGCGUGGGCUUCAGUUGAAGCACCCAAGGCUUCUCCAGAGCCGGCAAAGCCGUCUGUAGCUGCGGCAUCAAGCGACAUGGGAUGGGCGUCGCUGGCUAGCCAGCCUAUCGUUCCUGGUUCAUCGGGAGGGUUUGCGCCCAAGGUGGCGGCAGACGAAGAAUUCGGUGGGUGGACUAGCAGCACAACGUCAACUACAAACAAUAAACCGGCGGCCGGGUUUGGAGGAGGCGAGGAUCUGUUUUCGAAUGUGUGGAAGUGA